GUAGAAGUCACGUGCUCUAACUGAGGAGUGAUUUACUAACAUCUUAUCUCCGACAGUUAAUAUGAAACGUUUACCGACCCUGUGUCUAAAGUUUAUCUCGAUUUGGCUCCUCCUUGUAACGUAGAACCUCGCUGACGUCAUAUGAGGAAGUAAACAAAAGUCCAAACUAGCAGCUUCAGGUCGCGCCACUUCUUCUCUAACAUGUCGGUUUCAAACCCGAGGCAGACGUUUUUAAACCCGUCAAUCCCCUUCGCUGGGACCCUCCUGGGCGGUCUGUUGCCGGGGGAGAUGGUUCUCAUUCAGGGCUCGGUGCCGUCUAACGCCGACAGGUUCCAGGUGGACUUUACGUGCGGCAGCAGCGUGAAGCCGAGGGCCGACGUGGCGUUUCACUUCAACCCGAGGUUCAGGAAGUCUCCGUGCAUCGUCUGCAACUCGCUGCAGAAGGAGCGCUGGGGCCGAGAGGAGAUCCUGUACCAGAUGCCGUUUGCAGCCGGAGCCGCGUUCGAGCUUGUCAUCUUCGUCCUGAAGGACAAGUUCAAGGUGGCGGUAAACGGCGGCCACUUGUUGGAGUACAAACACCGGGUGGAGCUGGAGCUGGUCGACACUCUGCUCAUCUCGGGAAAGGUCAAAGUUCAAGCCGUGGGCAUCCUGCCGAGCGCGAGCGCCGCAUCUCCUCCAGCCGGUCUGAGCAGCACGGACGCACACGCCAACCCUGUGAAGUCUUCUUCAGGCGACUUGAGCGUCCCCUUCACCGGCGAGCUGCUGAGAGGACUGAAAGUGGGACACAGCAUCACCAUCAAAGGAGAGACCAACCACAACGCAGACAGUUUCUGUGUGAACCUGAGGGUCUCGGGCAGCAGUGACAUCGCUCUUCAUCUGAACCCUCGUGUGAAGAAAGGCGUGCUGGUCAGAAACUCCUUCCUGUCAGGAUGCUGGGGCCCCGAGGAGGCGGAGCUCGAGUCCUUCCCCUUCAGAGCGGGACAAUACUUUGAGAUCAUCGUCCUCUGUGACCUUCAUCACUUUAAAGUAGCCGUUAACGGACUCCACCAGCUGGACUACAAACACCGGGUCCAGGACCUGAUCCAGAUCAGCCAGCUGGAGGUUCAGGGAGACGUGAGGCUGCUGGACGUGCAGAUCCUCUGAACGCACCGCGGCGUGCUGCUCACACUUUAUAUCACUAACAUGAGAACACAGCGUGUUCCACUUUGUAUCAGACGGUUAAUCAUCCAGAGUAACCACGAGCUCGUCUUCUGUUUGUGAUUCUAUUAACUGAUUAUAACAGAGGAGAAAACAGAGAGCAUCAUGGGAGAAAACAGAGAGCAUCAUGGGAGUGUUGAUGAAUGUUUGUACUUGUAUAAAAUAAAGAAACAAC